UUUCCCUCCCAAUGAAUAUUCAAUUGGUGACAGAGUUAAUAAUUCAUCCCCUACUACCUAACAACUCAUCUUCCAUCAUCUAUGCUUAUCUUCAUUAUUUUCUAAUGAUCAAUAAUUAAUCAUUUCAGAAGCAGCCAGGGUGGUGGGUGAUUGAGGAAAGGAAAGAGAGACUUCAACCUUCUGCACAGAUGCAGACAUAGAUGAUGCAUCUAUACAAAUCAGAGAGAAAUUCCAGCAAAAGCCACAACAAUGGAUUACACUGGAUUGCUCUUCCUUCUUUCUUUCAGUCUCCUCUGUUUGUUGAGCCAGAGUACUCUGCAACCAAACUUUGCAGCCAAUUCCUGCUCUGGAAAUAAUUACACUUCUAACAGCAUAUACCAUACCAACCUCAAUCUUCUACUCUCUUCUCUAUCCUCUAAUGCUACCAACAGUACUGGAUUCUACAACACAACAAUUGUCAAGAAUUCCAGAACAGUCUAUGGUCUCUAUCUGUGCAGAGGCGAUAUUACCUCCCAAGAAUGUCAAAAUUGUGUUACGACGGUUAGCUCAAAUAUCACAACUUAUUGUCCCAACGAGACAGUCGCGAUAGUAUGGUAUGACAUAUGCAUGUUAAGGUACUCAGAUCAGUUCAUCUUCUCAACUAUGCAAGAGGAUCCAACUUGGUUUUUGUGGAAUGUCAAUAAUGUGUCCAACCCAAGUCAAUUUAAUCAGAGUUUGGGGACUUUAAUGAAUAGCCUUGUGAACAAGGCUGCCUUUGGCUCUUCCACUCGUUUGUUUGCAGUUGGGACUGCUAAUUAUACAAAUAGCUUUGAGAAGAUAUAUGGGUUAGUGCAGUGUACUCCUGAUAUAACUCAGAAUGAUUGCUAUAGAUGCUUAGUUGCAGCUGUUGCCUAUAUCCCAAGUUGUUGCAAUGGAAAGCGAGGUGCUAGAGUUCUCAUGCCCAGCUGUAAUUUGAGAUAUGAACUCAAUGACCCUUUCUAUGAAUCAAUUGCUUCUCCACCACCUCCAUCACCUUCUGCAACUCCUCCUCCUCCUCAUUCCCCUCCGACGACAACAAACAAUACAGUAACAUCAGAGAAACAAGGAAAAUCGUCGACGAAUAUAGUUGCCAUUGUUGUACCGGUUGCUGCGGCAGGGGUGAUUCUUUUAUCUGUUCUCAUGUAUUGUUUGGUAAUUCGGAAGAAAAGGCAGGAUCCAUCAAUGGAGAAUGGUGGGAAUGCAAUUAGAAGUGUAGAAUCAUUGCAAUUUGAUUUCAGUGCAAUCGUCGCAGCCACGAACAACUUCGCAGAUGUUAAUAAGAUUGGUGAAGGAGGAUUUGGUGAAGUUUUCAAGGGUGAACUUCCUAAUGGACAAGAAAUUGCUGUGAAGAGGCUCUCAAGAAACUCAGGGCAAGGUGCAGAAGAAUUUAAGAAUGAGGUUGUGCUAGUGGCAAAGCUUCAACACCGGAAUCUGGUCAGGCUCUUGGGUUUUUGCUUGGAGGGAGAGGAAAAGAUACUUAUCUAUGAGUUUGUACCCAACAAAAGCCUUGACUACAUCCUAUUUGAUCCUGAGAAAUAUGUUAAGUUAGAUUGGCAGAAACGUUACAAGAUCAUAGGAGGGAUUGCUCGAGGACUUCUUUAUCUUCAUGAAGAUUCCCGCCUUCGAAUUAUUCAUAGAGAUCUCAAAGCCAGCAACAUCUUGUUAGAUGACGAAAUGAAUCCCAAGAUUUCAGACUUUGGAAUGGCAAGAAUUUUUGGGGUGGACCAAACUCAAGCAAAUACAAAUAGAAUAGUUGGGACAUAUGGUUACAUGUCUCCUGAGUAUGCAAUGCAUGGGCAAUUCUCAGUCAAAUCAGAUGUGUUCAGCUUUGGUGUAAUAGUUUUAGAGAUUCUUACUGGAAAGAAGAACAGUAGUUUCUAUCAAUCAAACUAUGCUGAGGACAUUUUAAGCUAUGUAUGGAGACAUUGGAAUGAAGGAACAGCCAUUGAGUUGGUUGAUCCAAUUAUGAGAGAAAAUUGUUCAAGAAGUGAAGUUAUGAGAUGCAUUCAUAUUGGGUUAUUGUGUGUUCAGGAUGAUGUAGCUGAUAGACCCACUAUGGCAUCUGUGGUUCUUAUGUUGAACAGCUACUCAGUUACUCUUGCAUUGCCCUCACAACCAGCAUUUUUCGUUCAAAGCAGAAUGGGACCAAGCGUCAUUAUAGAAGGGAUAGAAACAGAGGAAGCUAAAUUAGAUCAAUCUAAAAGCAGGUCAAUACCAUUUUCUGUCAAUGAAGUGUCGAUCACCGAGUUAGAGCCUCGAUAAUGUGAGUGGAUUAAGGGCAAUUUUUUUUGGGUAAUUACUCCAUUGGACACACCUAUGGGUGUUCCUUCUUUUUUUUUGAUAAAAGUUUGUGGCACUUUAUGCUUUGUAUUUUCACUUGUUUUUCCCUUUUCACCAGAAAAAAAUAAAGAUAAAUUUUGUGAAA